AUGGACCUAAUCCUAAUUUUUUCUUCACUGUUUUCGGCGGAAACGAAACGUGCAGCUGUAGAGGAAGGAAGUGGUCAUGGAAGCGAAGAAACCCGCGAGUCAGGAGUGAUGGGAGCGGAAGACGACGCUUUUGAUCAACACGGAGGACUCAGUGGGGAAUUGCACGAGAAGCUGGAGGAGGCUGAGUUGCAUCUACAUCCGACAGGCGUGAGCAGUGGGAUAGAAUCUCAGGCAUCAGAUCAACAUCCAAGUGGUCCCGGGAAGCAAGCAGACUGAAAAGCUGACUCUCGCAGCCGUUGUUAGUGGUUCGACACAUCCAGACUAUAUUCGUGUUCACGUUCGUUUUCUCGAUCCAUGACUGGUCCGACGAUCGUUGUUCUGUGCGAGUGUGGUCAGCGCGAAACUUGUCCCGCCGUGAAGCUUGAACUAGGCUCUCUGUCGCGGAAGAAUAAUGCAUUUUUUGUGGCGACGACGGAGUGUUUGUUGUGGUGUAUGUGAGCAGCUGCGGAUGUAUUCUUUUUGUUUUUCUUAACGAGGGACGCGGAUUUUUCGGCACCCCCUUUUUCCGAAACUGAUCCUGUGAACGGGGAAGAAAGGAUUUUAGCGCGGAGGACGUCCCGAGGAUAGCGAAGCGACUCAGAAAUGGCAUUCUCCGGAUUACUUUUUCUUUUUUUCGUGGCUUUAGUGGUAUGGAGAACGAUGAACAAAAGAAAUUUGCGCAGCGGAAGUUGGCACGCAUGCACGCACUCCCCUUCUCGUCAUCACGCGUAUUUCCUGCCGCUAUUCGUACUCGGCGUUAUUAUGUCUGCCUUUCUGCUCUAACCCAGCGGCGAGAUGGGCGGUGAAAAUGCUUUGCUAGACGUUGUAUGCGAGUGUUCAUUGCCGGUUUGAUUGACAUGUUCAACUCCUGUCUGAAGGGUCAUCCUUGGAGAUUAAAAUGUACCUCUUCUUACAAAAAUCAAAAUAAA